AUGGCUACUAGUACCACAACCUACGGCUUCAUCGGUCUCGGCCAGAUGGGUCACGGCAUGGCAAAGAACCUCCGACAGAAGAUCUCUUCAUCUGAUAAAUUGUUUGUCUACGACGUGAACCCCGAGACGUUGACCAAGUUCAAGGAAGAGUUCGGCAAGGCAGGAAAUGUAAUCAUCGCUUCUUCACCAAAGGAAAUUGGUGAGCAUAGUGAUAUCAUCCUCACCUCGGUUCCACGGGCGCCGCAUGUCGAGCAAGUCUUUCUACAUCCCGAGUCUGGCCUGCUAGCGGCAAGGGCUCGAGAGUCUGUUCUGUAUCUCGAGCUGAGUACAAUUGACGCAACGGUGUCGAGCCAGAUCGGAGUCAAGGUCACAGGAGGCGGAUACGGCGCCUUUGUGGACGCGCCAUGUUCGGGCGGCUCCAUGGGUGCCGAGAAGGGUAUCUUGUCAUUCAUGGUCGGCUCACCAGACCACCUGUACCCUCGAGUCCUCUCUAUCCUCCUCCACAUGGGCAAGGAGUCCUCCAUCUUUCACUGCGGACCUUCAGGCACGGGCCUCAAAACAAAACUGCUGAACAACUACCUCUCGUCCAUCACCACCAUUGCCACUGCCGAAACAAUCAACAUGGGCAUCCGCGCUGGCCUCGACAAGCACAAGCUCAACGACGUCCUCAACGCGUCCUCCGGAAUGAGUUUUAAUACCAAGGUGAAUAAUCCGGUUCCUGGGCUUACACCGGGAAACCCGGCGAGUAACGGCUAUAAGCCCGGCUUUGCUAUUGAGAUGUGUCUUGGAGUGCUCGAGUUGGCACAUAAGGCUGGAGAAGAACUGGGGGUCAGGAUGGUCCUUGGAGAACCGGCGUUGGAAGCCUACAGGGCUACGGCGGGGUUGGAGAAGUACAAAGGGUUGGAUGCCAAGGUUAUUUACCAGUGGAUUGCAGAGGAUGGGGGUGUUUCGAACGGGGUCAAUGGGCAGUAA